UGUUUGUAUACAAGCUGUUGAUUGUCAUCACAGGCUCUUUUUUUCACCUGUCACCUGGUCUUUUAAAAUAUUUUGGGGGGGAUUGAUUAUUAUUAUUUUCUUUACAGAUUUUCUUUAAGCGCCUCAUGCAUCUCACUUUUUAACAUUCGUAACCUUCUGCAAGAGUAAAAAGAAGCUAACAACUGCUGUUAGUAAAACACUACUCUCUCGCACAACGUCAUCCAUGAUGGCAAUGGUAAUGAUUCUGCCUGUGCUGUGUGUUUCCUGGCGGGAAUUUAGCUUGCUAGAUUUUUUGGGAAAAAUAAUCUAGAGGGGUCAGAAAAGUCGCUAAAAAUAGCAACGAAGUCGCUAGAUUGGAAACACUGACUGUGCUUUUGUGAACUCGCUCCACUCUGUUCGCAGCCAUGUUUUUGAUGUAAGCAGAGCACAUCAGAGGGGAUGUGCUUUGAACGAUGGAAGCGACAAAAAAAAUCAUCCUCCUGACAAAUAAACUCAUAUGAAAACUGAUUAAUCACCCAGCCCUAGUUCAGAGUCAUUGUCAGUGUGAGACCUUUGACCAAGCGUCUCAAUUAGCCUGAGUGGCUAAUCAGUUGUAAUUGGAUUAGCCAAAGCCUGCACUGCUAACGAGGCUGAAGCAGUGUGUGUGUGGCACUCUGGAACAAAGAUCGAUGUUUCCGCACUCUUUAGGCAGGCUGCUGUCCCGUGGGAUGGAUGACGUCCUGGAGCAGGACCAGUAUGAGGAGCGCCUGAAGGAAGUUUUCGAUGGCUUUGACGCCAGCGGCUGCGGCUCACUGUGCUCGGAGGAGCUGGCCGACCUCUGCCUGUCGCUGCACCUGGAGGAUACCGCACCAGCCCUCCUGGACGCGCUGCUGCAGGUGCGGGACAGCCUCACUGAAAGGGUCAACUUUGACCAGUUUAAGGAUGCACUGAUUCUGGUGUUGUCAUCCGGCAUCAAGGGAGCCCAAGUGCAACAGGAAGUACCAUCUAGACCAGAGUCCCCCGACAUACAGCCUAAGUUUGUGAAGGGCAGCAAACGUUAUGGCCGCCGCUCCAAGCCGGAAUUGGUCAACACCUUUUCAGACUUUUGCGAAGACGCGCACAACCAAGACGAAGACACGCCAGGCAACGAGGACACCAAGGACAACUAUGACUCAGCUAUUCCAAGGAAGCGUGAGCGCUGGAAUGCAGAUGAAAUGAGCACAGAGGAGUAUGAAGCAGAAGGCCAGAUGCAUCUGUGGAACCCUGACGAGCCGAGCACGCCUCGAGGAUGUGUCGUGGGUCCGUUGAAGGAGAGGCUCCAGGAAGCCUGCGAGGAGUUGGCCAUAUCGUGGCACGGAUGCGCUGGCCACAUGGAACUGAUCGCUCUGUGCGAUUAUCUGGGCUUGGAGAUAAGUGCAGAUGUACUCCAUGGUUUAAACGGCGAUGGAUGGAUCAACGUUCAAGAGUUUGUCUCCAUGGUUUUAAAGUACAACAAGCCUGCCACCCCGUCUGCCUCCACUCCUUACAGGCAGCUGAAAAGACACCACUCCACUCAGCCCUUUGAUGAGGUCGGCCGCCGGAUCGCCACCCAUUCCACCCUGACGAGCAGCAUCGGCACUCGUCUCUUCUCCAACCUGGACGACGGCACCGGCUUCACUCCGGUCGAGUGUAUCAUGGACGCCUGGAUGGAAGAAGGCAUAGAAAACGGCAUUGAAAUUCUGCAGGCGUUGAACUUCGGUCUUGACGGCAAGCUGAGUCUGUCCGAUCUGACCUUCGCGCUGGAAAAUGAACUCCUGGCCACCAAGAACGGCAUCCACCAGGCGGCACUGGCCAGUUUCAAAACAGAAAUCAGACAUCUCCUAGAGCGCAUCGACGGCGAACUGAGGGAGAAGGAGAAAAUUCGUUCGGACCUGGACAAGGCAGAGAGGCUUAAAACCCAGCUGGCCACCGAAGUGGACGAGCAUCACUCGUCGAUCGAGCACAAAAACAAUCUUAACCUCAGGAAGCUAGAGGAGGAACACCGAGAGAAGCUGGCAGCGGUGCGGUCGGAGCUGAUGAAGGAGAUGGACCUGAUCCGCCAGCAGGCGGCGCAGCAACGUGAGGCGCUGGAGGCUGAGGUGGACAAGAUCAAGGAGGAUGAGUCCUUUCUCAGGGACCACCUCUCCAUCUCGGUUAAGGAAAACAGACGUCUGGAGAUGGACUUGCUGGACUGCAGUGAAAAACUGAUGGAAGCCCAAAGCCAAGUGACACAACUGCAGGCCAGUUUGGACAACAUCAUGAAAGAGAAGUUCGGUGACUUGGACCCUGGCAGUGCUGACUUCCUCCUGCAGGAGGAGCGCAUUAAGCAGCUGCGACUGGGCUACGAAGCCCAGUGCAGGGAGUUGCAGGAUCGCGUGGACGAACUGGAGUCCGAGCUGCAGGACUUUCACAGCGUGGGCCAACCUCAGAAGCCCUGCCCGCCGCCUCUCUCAGAGGAGCUGGAGAGCAAAAGCCCUGGCGUGGAGUCUGACCCAGGCAUCGGCUCGGAGGAAGUCCAUCCCUUCAUCAGUUUGAGCCUGGAGGCGGAAAUGAUGCUGGAGAAGCAAAAGCAGCAGCAUCUCUGCCAAAUGGAUGACUUGAGGAACCAGCUGGAGAGCAAAAUCAAUGAAUUCAACUCUGCGGUUCAACGUCACGACGACCAGAAGAAUGAACUGGCCCUCCAACACCUGCAGGUGGUCCAGGCUUCGAGGGAGGAGCUGGCUAGCGUUAGCUCACGGGAACGGGAGCUCCAGAGCCAGCUUGAGCAAGCGGAGCUGGAGCGGUCGCGCCUGGAGGAGGAGACGAGAGAGGAGGCGAGUACCUUGAAGCAGCAGCUCCUCGAGGCGGGUAGCGUUGCUAUGGAACUGGAGGAGCAGCUGAGGAACCUGCAGGAGUUAAAGCCCGACCUUCUUGCUGAGAUGGAGGAGCUACGUAACCAACACGCCAGUGCGAUAAAGACUGUGGAGAAAAAGAACACGGAGCUGUUGAAAGCCAGACUACAGGAGUUGGAGAAGAAACACCAAGAAGAGAAGGUCAAGUUGGAGAAGAGCUGGUUGGAUUGUUUCGAAAGGGAGAAGGAAUUGCUGAGGCAAAGCCAUGAGCAGGAGCUGACAGCCAGACUCGAGGAGGUGAGGUCCUGCUUGGAGGUGGAGCACGAGCGAACUGUGAAAAAGUUGACAGAGGAGUGGCAGGAGCAGCGAGCUCGGCUGGACGAGCAGAACAACGAGUCCCUGCAGGCGCUGCUAGAGGAGGCAAUGUUGAGGCUGUUCAAGGAGCAGGAGGAGAAGGAGGGCCAGCUCCGGGAGCAGCGGGAGAGCGAGCGACUGCGUCUUCAAGAGCAGCACAAGCUGCGGGAGGCCAAGCUCAAGCAGGAGUGGAAGCAGGAGCGGUUGCAGUUAGAGGAGGACUACGAGAGCAUGCUCCAGGAGAGACUGGAUGAGGAACGGGAGAAGCAUGAGGCCGAGAAUGAGGAGCUGGAGAAGAGGCUGGAAGGGCUGAUGAACCUGCGGGACGAGAGCCUGCGGGAGAUGACUGUUAAACACGCCGAGGAGAGGAACGCGCUCAGUGGCAUGCUGGAUAAGCUACGAGGCGAUAUUGCUCAGGAGAGACAUAAAGUGGAGCAGCUCAACCAGGAGAAGGUUGCCACCGAACAAGCAGCAGAGAAUUUCCACCAACAGAUGUCUGAUCUUCACUCGCAAAGCCAGCAACUCCAGGACGAGAACGGAAUGCUAGCGGACAAGAACGCCCGGAGCCUGGCUGACGUAGAGGAGCUCAAGCGGCAGCUGGCCGAGCUGAUAAAAGACAACGAAAGGAAGGAGGUGUUCACCGGCGAGGAGAAGAAAGAGCUUCUAGCUUGUGUGUGCUCGCUGGAGGCCGAGUUGACCAAAGCUCUGAAGGACACAGCCAAGCUGGAGGACAGGAACGCCCAGCUGGUCCAGCAGGUGUCUGGCCUUGAGGAGAAGUUGAUGCAGGCGGACUCGAUGGAGAAUCAUCUCUGUCACCUGACAGAGGAGCGAAAGGAUGCGGCCAAAGAGACGCGGGGUCUUCGCAAGCAGCUGGCUCAAUCCCAGCAGAAGGUGAAGAAUAUGGAUGACACCCUCCAUGCCUUCAGUCAUCAGCGAGCUUGUCUAAGGUCGGAUCUCCGCAGCACGCAGCAGGACAGAGAUUCCCUCCGCCAGGAAGUUGCGGUGCUGCACAAGCAGCUGCAGAACGUCACCGAUAAGAACCACGUUUUGGAGCUGGCCUUGCACAAGUCCGCCGUCCAAAGUCCCAGCAGGAAGCUCCAGAGAGACGACACCCUGCAGCCGAAGGAACAAGACGACAAGGUCAGCAUCCUGUCCCUGAAGCAGCUGCAGCAGCACAGACAGAGCCAGGCGGUGCUGCUCAAAACCUUGGAGCAGGAGAAUGCCUCCCUCAAGCAAGAAGUGUACGACCAGAAGCUGGUCAUCAAGAACCUCGCUGCUCAGGAAGGACACGCACAGAUGGCCAAACUGCAGGAGGAAAAUGAGGCGCUCAAGGCUCAAAUAGCUCGACUCACUGCGCAACUGUUUGAGUCAUUCCAGGCUCACUUCAUCGGACUCCUGCCGGUGUCGCCCCACAGGACGGCAAGGGGACAUCGGUCUGACUCCGACAAUGCGCAAGAUGACCAGGACCCCCGGAUGGAGCGCAUGGAAGCACGAAUGGAGGAAAUCGAGACCUCGCUGCAUAACGUCAAGCUGCACCUCAGGGAGAAGGUGGCUCAGCUCAAAGACCAGGGGCACAAGAACAGCCGUGUGUGCACGCUGAUCCGAGACCUGUACGUGGAGAGCGGUCAGCUGCUGAAGGCUCUGGAGGCAGCCGGGCGGCGACGCAGAACGGCUGAGUAGACCAAGCAGUCGGCCGAGGGCGACACCUUGACGCCACACGCGAGAGUAUGUAGUCCCAGACCCCCGUCUGGCCUCUCAUCGUCUUACAACUUUAAAUGUUACAUAAUGUGCACAUGAUUGUUUUUUUAAAAGAGCCUGAAUGUCAGUAUUACAGUAAAGAAGCAGUAUUUAUUUAUUUUUUACAUUAUUACAUUGAAUGUAUUGCGGUUGUGUACAUCGUACCUCCUUCUCCACAAGGUGGUGCAAAAAUUGUAUUCAUUUUUUUACUUGAAGAGCCUGCGUUCACAAUUGUAUGUGUAUGAUUAUCAUGACAAAGGAUUACAAUGAUAUUGUGAAGGAAUGUUAAGGCCACACCAGUUGACAAUUUACUUGUUCGUAAAACUUACAGUAACAAGAUCCCCAACGUUUUAACGUUGACUUUUUUCGCAUUAAAUGACUUCUGCAAUAUGAGCUGUCAGAUUAUGGCUUUAUUCUUGUAAUAUUUUGACAAUUCACGUUAACCUUGUUCACAUUUUUCUUUAUUCUCUGAAUAUUUUGACUUCAUUCUCCUGAUUUUGUAAUUGUACUUUUAAAAAAAAAUAAUUUAUUCGUGUAAUUCCUUGGCCACACUCAGAGCUCAAAACCCUCAUCUCAAAUCAUCUUUCCCCAUUGAAAUUAAUGGAAAUGCCAUGGAUCCAUUCCCGCCUCUCAAAAAACAACUAAAGUUUGAUUAUAAAUGAGGGAAAAAUAACACUCUAUAAUUAUUUGUUGUUUAUAAAAAAAAAACACUAAUUAAACAAAUAAAUGUAAAUAAUUAAACAUCCCUUUUUUUUUCUUUUUUUGCUGCUCCUUCCGGUGUGUGCAAUCCUUGCCACUUGGAGACAGAAAACAUAACGUAAUGGCAUAAUUAUCCAGCCAUCCAUUUUCUGAACCGCUCAUCCUCACUCAGGUCAUGGGCGUGCUGGAUCCUCUCUCCCAGCUGACUCUGGGCGAGAGGCGGGGUACACACUGAACUGGUUGCCAGCCAUUGUAAUGGGUGUCUCUUAUUCGUGGGUGUCCACUGUAUGUCCAUUGUUAUUCCAGGCAAUCUUUUUACGAUAAUUCUCUGGAAAAAGAGUCACGUAAAGAAAGAUAACGCGGCACUUUUUAGUCUAACUGGACAGCCACCAAAGUAUGUACUGUUUGAAUUCUGAUUCUGAGUGUUUCUCCUAAGAGAUGCAAAUUCCAGGUCCAAACAAGUGUUCUGUGUACGACUUCCCUUGUGAGGAGGUUUUCAGUGCCGUAUGAAUUUGUUCUGUUGUUCUGUACAAUGCAUGAAUACCAAAACACAAAGCUGUCUGUUGGCAGUAUGUUCCUGCUAGUUGAACAAUCGUGACUUUAUUAUAUACAGUGUAUAUUUUGUUUUUAAAUGUAAGCUAACACUACCUGUUGCACUCUAAAUGAGUGGUUCUCAUCUGUUGUCACUCUGGGACCCGCAUUUUCCUAUUGUUACAAAGUUACGACCCACUUUCAUAGAAGUUAAGAACAAUUAAAAAAUAAUAAUAAUUUGGUUUAAAAAAUAGCCUCUGAAAUCAUAUACCGAAUGUUGUAUUUUUAAAUGCUAUUUCAAAUGGGUUUGCUGUACUGCCAAAAGCAUAUUGGUUGCCAUGACGCCCACCAGCCAAAGGCUGAGUUACACUAUAUUUGUUUACAGCGUAAACUAGUGGAUAGAGAAUAAGAGCGUAAUAUUUCUUGUCACUUUCCUACCUUGUUCCGUCCGGGAACUUAGUACGCCUCUGACUGUACUGUACAGAAAAAAAUAGGAAUGUAAGUUUUUAAUGAGCUGUUUGCGACCCACCCAAAAUGGAUGCGUGACUCACUUUUGGGUCCCGACCUACCAGUUGAGAAUCACUGCUCUAAAUGUCAUGGGACAGCACUGUACUUUAAUGAAUAAAGACAGUAUAAUGUUUAUAGGUGGAAGUGCAUAAGUGGAUGGAUGUAUUGUGAAUGAAGGAUUUGAACAGAGUUGUUGUUUCUGCCCACAGAAAAGUCCACUUUUUUUUUUCUCCCCCAUUGUUUUUUUUUUGGUAUGGGUUUCCCCCAAAAUGUAUGUUUUCAUCUAUUUUUUGUUUUAAUAUUAUCUCUAUGGUGCCUCAGAAGAUGUGAAAUUUGAAUUAAAACCAUCCACGUA